AUAUCAGCUACCGGUUGGUAACGCGCGUGUACCGUGUUUACUUCCGUUUCGCUGUCCCAUCAUGUCCAAUUGACUCUUCCGUAUCACUUGUGUUGAAAGAUCAUCCACCACGAUGCCUGGUAUACCAGAUAGAUGGGAAAUUUAUUCAAAAAUUGGUAAAAUUAUUGAAGGUACUCGCUUCCUUGCCUGUAAGACACCCUUGAAGUCUAAUCUGACUGUUUCUCUUGCUGAUGAGAUGAGAUUUACGCCAAAUGACUUGAUUGAGGCAGUGCCACAAGUUGGUCUUGUUGUUGAUUUCACUAACACUGGAAGAUACUACAACCCGAAUGAUUUCAAAUGUAAAGAAGGAAUAGAUUAUAUGAAAAUCUACACAGAAGGAAGAGUAAUUCCAAAGAGAUCAGUUAUAUCAUCAUUCUUUAAAACUGUUGAUGCCUUUUUGAAGGAUAAUUCUAAGAAGAAUAAAAUCAUUGUUGCCCACUGUACUCAUGGACUCAACAGAACUGGAUAUUUUAUAUGUCGAUACAUGAUCACUAAAAUGAAUUUUCCACCCCAAGUUGCAAUUGAUGAAUUUGAUAAAGCUCGAGGACAUAAGAUGGAAAGAGAAAAUUAUAUAACUGAUCUAUUACGACUUGUUCCAAGAAAAUUUGAUUUUUCACUAUCCAACAGCAAAUCAAAAGAGUCUAGUCAGCUUCCUUUACCAAAUUCCAAGAUAAAAAAGCAGAAAAGCAAAAAACGGCAACAACAAGAUGGUGACAAUUUUUCUAAUAAUGCCCUUCACUCACAAGAUGUCCCAAAUUACUCUCAUCAAACAGCGCCUUAUCAACAAGAACCCUAUCUGCAAUUGCCUUAUCAACAGAGACCCUAUCAACAGAGACCUUAUCAACAGAAUUGUUAUCGGUAUAAUCCCUAUAAAUAUGCACCUCAUGAGCAAAAACCCUAUUUCUCCAAUCUGAGACGCCAAUUUGGUAUGUACGACUUUGAUGAGCAACCCAGUCAGCAAGGAUAUCAGGGUCAUAAGGAGCCUCAUCACAGAAGAUUUUCACAUAAAGACCGGAGGCAGAAAAAGAAUGAUUAUUGACUACUGAGGUUGUUGUUGCAUUUGCUAGUAUACACACACACACACGCACACACACAUACAUGUUCAUGUUUAUGCAAAUACACGCACACAGACACACACAUGUACACAUGUAUCUAUCUCUAUAAACAUAUUUUUUAUAUAUACAUAUAU